AUGCAAGAGGAGUGGGGGAGGAGACUGAGAAGGCUGGGUACUGGGGUGACCACCUCAGGGGCGGGUUUACCCUCUCCCGGAGAGGAUGAGGAGCUGUCUCGUUCCCCCACAAAGGGAGAUAGAGACCCAGAACGUCCUCUUAACCCCCUUCGUAUUUACCAGGGGCAGAGGGGGAGGGGACGAAGCUUCCCGCCGCCAUUUUGCUUGUGGGCUGCCACCCGCCGUUGCCUCUUCCAGAGAGGCUUGAAGAUAGCCAACUGGAGGCAGAGAGGUGGGCAGAACCUCCGUCUUUUUCACAACAGAUGCAUUCAACAAUUCACAGAAGUCUGGCCUCCAGCGCUGGGUGAACUCGGUUGGGGUGUCACUCGACGCCCACUAGGGGCUGUGGAGGCUCCAGUGCGCAGACUCCGGGCACCGGAUAAAAGCGGAGCUGGGGCGUCCAGCGCCGUCUCGAUGGAGGAGCGAGAAACGGAAGAGGUCGGGGGGAGAAGCAGCAGGAAAAGUACAGCCACCGUCAGCGCCGCUUUCCUGCCACCGUGUUUCGGGGUAAAAAGCUGCCGUUGCCGUCGGUGCAGUUGCCGUCGCUGCCUCCUACUUCUUUUGGCCCAGGGGAAGGAUUUCCCCGCCGGCGGGACAGUGUGCGGGGUGGGGAGCGGGAGUUCCUUUAUGUGGUGGUGAUUAAACGAGGGAGGGACAGAGAGAUGGUUAUCUCGAAGAAAAAAAGGGGAAGCCAAAGAAUAAAACAAGGGUUUCCCCACUAAAAUAACACGGUGAUUCUUGUUCUUGUUUUCGGGGUCUUUCCCCCGAAAUGGCGGUUUCCGUCUUCUCGC